GCGAGCUACGCGCACUGACGGGGCACGUUCCAACUUUACGCACAGCGAAGUUUGCGCCUCCAGUUUAACUUUAACCUCCGCGGACUGACUCCAUUUACCGGGUGAGGGACCAUGCUCAGCGGAGGCGGAAGAUAAGGCUGCCUGGAUGUGACUCAUUUAAAGUCAUGCUUCCUCUGGCUGUGGUUCACUGAGCGGGAGUGCGCUCCGCACGGCUCCGCACGGCUCCGCACGACUCCGCGCGGCUCUGCUGGAUAUAUGGUGAACUCCUCCGUCUGUGAUAUAGCUUGAUAAGAUCUGAUUCCCCUCUGAUGGAGAUGUUUCUGACAUGGAUGCUGCUGGGUUUGCUCCUGCGGACCGGGACGACCCAGAACACCGCACCUGAGGGAGUGUUGAACUGCUGCGAGGGCGACGUCCUCUUCUUACUGGACUCGUCAGGAAGCGUGUCGACCUACGAGCACUCUCGCAUGCGCACCUUUCUGUCUGAGCUGCUGCUUCCCUUUUCCCUGGGAGAGGACCAGGUGAAGGUGGGACUCCUUCAGGUGGGCACACGGCCACGCCUGGAGUUCGGCUUCAAUGAGCACAGCUCUCAGAGUACCCUGCAGAGGGCUCUGAGCGACAUCGAGCCCCUCAAGGGUGACACCAACACCGUGGAGGCCCUGAAAAUGGCGAGGGAGCGGGUGCUGAUACCCGGCGGGCCGGACGGGUCGAGGGCGGGGCUCCCAAGAGUGCUGGUGUGGCUGACGGACGGGGUGAAACCAGGCGACGUGAUCGAACCGAUGACCGAGCUGAGGGAGCAGGGCGUGGCGGUGCUGGUGGUCUCCACCGGCCACAGCAACUACCAGGUGUUGAGGCAGGUGGUGAGCCCGCCUGUAGAAGACCACCUGUACUUUGUGGACAUCGACGACAUGAGCAUCAUCGCGGACGACCUGCGAGACGCCAUCAUUGAGAUUAUCAGAGCCGGGCGAAUUCAAGUCCGAGACGUCUCCACCAACUCAGCCACGCUGCAGUGGCGGCCCGUUCUGUCCGGUCUGAACGGCUACUACGAGAUUCGCUUCAGUCCGGUCCUGACAGGCGGAGGAGGAGGGGGUGUGGGUGGGCCCGGGACCAGUCCGAGCACCGGGGGGAGUCAGUACCAGAGAGUGACCCGGCCGGCAGACUCCAACACUGUCAGAUUAACCGGCCUGAAGCCUGACACCACCUACACUGCCACCCUGACCCCGGAGUCCAAUGAUCAGGCAUUUAACACGCUCUCCGUCUCCUUCACCACAAAGCCAGAGGUGCAGAGUCCGGCCGUGGUAACAGUCUCUGACUCGGGGCCGACCAGCGUCCGGGUGAGCUGGGGUCCUCUGCAGCCCGAGACGGUCCCAAGUUACUACGUUGAAUAUUCUGCCCUGCCCAGAGGCAAGCUCCAUGCCAUCACAGUGGGAGGGGCCCAGAACUCUACUCUGCUCAGAGACCUUCAGCCCGACACCACGUACCUGGUCACCGUGAGUGCCCGACACGUCUCUGGGAAGGAGAGGGCCAUGUCGGUGAAGGCGUGCACUCAAGAAGUGACUCCAGCCCUGGCGGACCUCCAGCUGACCACAGUGGGCAGUGACUCGGUGCAGGUGGACUGGAAAGGCAGCGUUUCUGGUCUGAGGGGCUACUGGCUCACCUGGGAGGGACAGGAAAACUCCGUGGUUGGCCAGCGCUCCUCCCUGUACCUGCCUCCCGACUCUCUAUCAACUCGCCUCACGCACCUCCCCCCUUUAACAAGGGUGUGUGUGUCGCCUAUUUACCGGACGGCGCGUGGAGAGGGGCUGUGCUGCACCACGCAGUUUAACACAGACGCCUUUGCUUAUGGCUACCAGUCAUAGCACCCCAGAACUGCAAGUUGCACCUUACCAAACAUGGAGGGACGACGGCGAGAAGAAUGCUGACUUCCAGUCGUAACUCUUUCCCGAGCCUCUUUCCUCUGCCUCUGUGGACGUCUUCCAGGAGGGAGGUGUGUGGUUGCUGACGACUCGUGUGGAAUCCACAGACAGUGAGGAGCGGUCUGGGACAAGACCGGCCACAUGUUGACUGCCACAAUCCACAACACAGAGGACUCUGUGCUUCUCUGCUUUUCUGUUUUUUUUUUUUUUUUUUUUUUUUUUUUUACCAUCUCAUCUGGGUUACACCUGUAGAAAAUGUGUAACAUUUCAUUUCAAAGCUUUUUUUAAGUUCUGUCGUGCAAAAUACAGAGCGAGGCAUGCUGGGAAUGUUUGAUCUGGAUUGUUUUGGAGAGCGGUUCAUACACCAUGUGUUAGCCAUGUGCAAGAAGGAGCAUCUGAUUUGAUGGUGAACACAUUUGAUUUGUACUGAAGUGACUUCUCUUUCAGCAUGUUUGACAACUUUGAUUACUUGUUUUGUGAGUAUCAUUACAAUGUGUUCUUUGAUAAGAGAGCCUUCAAGAUUGUGUUGAAUUUACAUAGAAAUUACAGACAGACCAAUCACAUGCCAUGAAACUGGAGACAUACUGUAUAUAAUACAGAUUUGUGCGUAACUGAAGGGGGUCUUUAUACUGUUGUCUGGACACAAAGCUUUUAUUCAUAUUUAUAAGUGAAGAUGUGUAUGUAUGAUAAUUAAUCUCCUGGAGUAUUUACAGACCUGCUGUUUACAUCUUUUAUGACUGUUACCUUUUUGCUGCCCCCUACUGAAAGAAUCCUCGCUGGUCGGCUUAUAGCACACUUGACUGUGCGCUGUGUAAACUUACUGUUUCAUGUUUGUUAAUGACCACUGAAAUUUAACACAAGCUUUCAAUAAACUACUUUAACAAUC